UGGAAACAAACAGCAGCCCAAAGCAAGACUGACGACUAGACCUACACUACGACAGUCAAAGCGUCUCUGAGAGAGAUGAAGGGGAAGAUGUUGGCCGUGUUGGCUCUGGUUCUUCUGGUGUCCAGUGCGAGUGAGGGACGGAUUCUCAGUAAAUGUGAGCUGAAGUCCCAGCUCCAGGCAGCUCUGGGAGGAAAGGUGCCUGGAACUGUCACUAAUAGGCCUGUAGAUGUGACUGCAGUUGUGCCUGAAAAUGUGACUUCAAGUGUGCCUGGAAAUACUGCAAAUUUGACCCUCAUCGCCCAAAUCGUUUGUACUGUGGAGCGUGUGUCGAAGUUCAACACCGGCCUGGUCACCACCAUCCGAGAGGACUCCAGACCUCCAGUGAGACCCCCAGUGAGACCCCCUAUCAGACCACCACAACGACCCAAUGAAAGACCAGGCGGAAGACCCGGUCGUCCCGGUGGAAGACCAAGGGGAAAGAGAUCCCACGUUGCGGCACAACUCAGGCGCCCAGCUAGAUUGUCUGAUGACAGUUCCGAGAGUUCCGAGGAGAAUUCCAGAGAAAGGCAGCGUCUCGCCACGAAACUGUUUGGAAUCUUCCAGCUGAGCGACCGCGUGGCCUGUGAUUCCGGAUCCGGCAAGAGUUUGAACAUCUGCCGCAUGAAAUGCAGCGCUCUGAUUGAUGAUGACAUCAGGGAUGACAUCACAUGCCUUAAGACCCUGCUGGACAGCGCAAGGAAUGCCACUGUUUCAGCCUUGGCUUCUCUGCCCAAGAAAAAGCCACACAUAAUUCUUUCUGUGAACGAGUGCCGCAACGUCAAUCCUGCGCAGUACUUUGCUGAGUGUCCCUGAAACAUUCAGCGUUUCUUCAGCGUACCUGGAAGAUGUUCUCAAAAUAGCCACAGUUAUGCUGCAUGUAUCUCAUACAUGCAUACCUCA